AUGGGGAUAGUGGUGGCAAAACAUCUGGAGAUAGUGGUGGCAAAGCCUCAGGAGUCGGGGGAAGCAGUGGUGGCAAAACAUCUGGAGCAGGAGUCGGAGGAAGCAGUGGGGGUAGUGGUGGCAAAACAUCUGGAGCAGGCGCAGGAUUCGGAGGAAGCAGUGGGGGUAGUGGUGGCAAAACAUCUGGAGCAGGAGCCGGAGGAAGCAGUGGUGGCAAAACAUCUGGAGCAGGAGCAGGAGCCGGAGGAAGAAAUGGUGGCAAAACAUCUGGAGCAGGAACAGGAGCUGGAGGAAGCAGUGGGGGUAGUGGUGGCAAAACAUCUGGAGCAGGAGCAGGAGCCGGAGGAAGCAGUGGUGGGGGAGGUGGUGGCAAAAUUACUGGUGUUGGAGGAAGUAGUGGUGGAGGGCUUGCCGUUGGAAGAGGCGGUGGAGAUGGAGGAGGUGGUGAUGGAGGAGGCGGUGGAGAUUGAAGCGGAGGCGGCGGUGGUGAUGGAGGAGGCGGUGGAGAUCGAAGGGGAGGCAGAGGAGGCGGUGAUGGAGGCGGUGGAGAUGGAGGAGGUGGUGAUGGAGGAGGCGGUGGAGAUCGAAGCGGAGGCGGCGGUGGAGAUGGAGUAG